AUGCUGUCACUUCUACCUACGCACAGCAUGCUAGGGCUGGUAACCAGGAACUUGCUUAUUACGUCAUCUCAAAGCUCCAAACCACGAAGCUAUAUUAUGGCGUUCGACGGGCUAGUUCCAGAGGCACCUUCUCUUCAAAACGAUCUGAUGAAAGUGAAGGGUGUUAAAAAGCUGUCCAUCAGCCCUACUGGAGUUACUCUUACAGUUAGAAGCCAGGGCAUUUGGCCAUCAGUCCGCUCUGCAAUAGAGGAUAAGCUCUACGCGGCCUUUGAUCCUAGCACUCCUCACACGCCAGAUGAGCUACGAUUAGCUAUACAAGAGAUGCUAAGCACUGGACCACGGGCACCCAAUAACAUUCGCAGAGCGUCUGAACUCCUGAUAAGAGCCGCCAUAAAUCCGUUUUUAGCUCGUGAUGGCGGGUCAUGUAGCUAUAGGCGGCACGAAGUAACCGACAAGGGACUUGUAGUCUAUAUUGAGUUGCACGGCAACUGCUCUGGGUGCUCCAAAUCCACUACCACAAUGAACACCUUCGUGAUUGGGGAGUUCAAGAAAUAUAUUCCCGAUAUCCACACAGUAAGGUGCACCAAUGCCUGA